UUCACUCCGCCGUGUUUUUUUCCCGCUCCGUUAGCAGCAGCGGCCGCCUUUUUCGGCGGGUUCUGUUAAAAUGGCGAGCCGAUGGAGGAGUAACGAGAGCGGACAGGCGUGAGCCAGACCCCCUAGACCUCCAAGACCUCCUUUUUUGACGUCUAGAGAAGGGACCCGAUGGCAGCCCUGGAUCAGAAAUCGCCCAAUGUGCUUCUGCAGAGCCUGUGCUGCAGGAUCACCGGCAAGAGCGAAGCUGAUGUGGCGCACCAGUUUCAGUAUGCUGUGCGGGUCAUCGGGAGCAAUUACGCCCCCACCAUUGAACGGGACGAGUUCCUGGUCUCUGAAAAGAUCAAAAAAGAGUUGUUAAAGCAGAGGCGAGAGGCAGAUGCAGCUCUCUUUUCAGAGCUCCACCGAAAACUCCAGACCCAGGGGGUGCUGAAACACAGGUGGUCAAUCUUAUAUCUACUACUCAGCCUUUGUGAGGACCCCAGGAAACCGUCCAGUCGGGUGGGUAGCUAUGGUGCCGUCUUUGCCCAGGCAUUGCCACGUGAUGCCCACUCCACGCCAUUCUACUAUGCUCGGCCACAGAGCCUGUCCCUUAGCUACCCCGAGCGAUCGGUGCUGGCCGCCCACAACGCCUCUAGCAUGGGCACCAGCGGCAUCGGCAGCUUGGGGGUGUAUCCUGUCAAUGGACCUGGCCCGAGCCCUCAGUCCCUUCUUACUGGCUCUGGUGCUCAGCCUGUAACUGACCCUGCCAGAGGCUCUCGUCUGGCCUGGGCUCUCCCAGUCUCUGGCUCUCCGUCGGGGGCAGCUCCUCCUACCUCACGGCCCCCUGCAGGCCCUGCUUCCGCCCCGCCAGCACGACCCCUUCACAGGCAGAGACGGGACGGCGAUGGCAGUGCUGAAAUCAGCGAGGCUGCUCUAGUGCGAGACAUCCUAUACGUCUUCCAGGGGAUCGACGGCAAAUUCAUUAAGAUGUGCGCUCCAGAGAACUGCUACAAAAUCGACUCGAAGGUGCCGUUGUGUAAGUCUUUGCGAGACACCAGUAGCCGACUGGCGGAGCUCGGCUGGCUUCAUAAUAAAGUCAGAAAGUACACAGACUCUCGUAGUCUGGACCGAGCCUUCGGAUUGGUCGGACAGAGUUUCUGUGCGUCUCUGCACCAGGAGCUGAAGGAGUAUUACAGGCUGCUCUCAGUACUGCAUGCACAGCUACAGGUAGAAGAUGACCAAGGGGUGAAUGUGGGAGUGGAGAGCACUCUUACCUUAAGAAGGCUGCUCGUGUGGACAUACGACCCUAAAAUUCGGCUCAAGACCCUCGCCGCUCUGGUGGACUACUGCCAAGGGCGUAAGGGUGGGGAGUUAGCGUCAGCGGUUCAUGCGUAUGGUAAGACCGGUGACCCCCACAUGAGGGCGCUGGUUCAACACAUCCUGGGCCUGGUGUCGCACCCCAUCCUCAACUUCCUGUACCGCUGGAUCUAUGAUGGAGAACUGGAGGACACGUACCACGAGUUCUUCGUAGCGUCUGAUCCAACAGUAAAGACGGACAGGUUGUGGCACGACAAAUACUCUCUGAGGAAGUCUAUGAUCCCCUCCUUCAUCACCAUGGACCAGGCCAGAAAGGUCCUCCUCAUUGGCAAAUCCAUCAACUUCCUGCAUCAGGUGUGCCACGACAGGACGCCGCCCGGUAAAAUCUUGUCCGCAUCCAAAUCCACUGAUUCACCCAAAGACGCGGCGGAGCUCUUCACUGAUCUGGAGGGGGCGUUUCAGAGUAAGAUUGACGCAGCAUAUUUUGAGACCAGUAAGUACCUGCUGGACGUCCUGAAUAAAAACUACCAGCUGCUUGACCACCUCCAGGCCAUGAGAAGAUACCUGCUGCUGGGUCAAGGAGACUUCAUACGACAUCUGAUGGAUCUGCUGAAGCCAGAGCUGGCCCGUGCGGCCACCACCCUCUACCAGCACAAUCUGACUGGUAUCCUGGAGACAGCCGUGAGGGCAACGAACGCCCAGUUUGACAGCCCAGAGAUCCUCAAGAGACUGGAUGUGCGCCUUCUGGAGGUGUCUCCAGGUGACACAGGUUGGGACGUAUUCAGCCUGGACUAUCAUGUGGAUGGACCAAUUGCCACGGUGUUCACCCGUGAAUGUAUGAGCCACUACUUGCGGGUGUUUAACUUCUUGUGGAGAGCCAAGAGGAUGGAGUACAUCUUGACAGACAUCUGGAAGAGUCAAAUGUGCAAUGCCAAACUGCUGAAGAGCAUGCCGGAGCUCUCUGGAGUGCUGCAUCAGUGUCACGUCUUGGCCUCAGAAAUGGUCCACUUUAUCCACCAGAUGCAGUACUACAUCACAUUCGAGGUGUUGGAGUGCUCGUGGGAUGAGUUGUGGAAUAAGGUGCAGCAGGCUCAGGACCUGGACCACAUCAUAGCGGCCCACGAGGUCUUCCUGGACACAAUCAUCUCCCGCUGCCUACUGGACUCCAACAGCAGGUCUCUGUUGAACCAGCUGCGGGCUGUGUUUGACCAGAUCAUUGAGUUCCAGAAUGCUCAGGACACCCUGUACCGCUCAGCGCUGGAGGAGCUGCAGCUCCGUGUACAGUACGAGGACAACAAAAGACAGAGAGAGCAAGAGGGUGAGUGGGGUGUGACAGCAGGACAGGAAGCAGCCGAGAACAAACGAGUGCAGGAGUUUAAAGACACCAUACCAAAAAUGUGCUCUCAGCUCAGACUACUGACUCACUUCUACCAGGGCAUCGUUCAGGAGUUCUUACGUCUGUUGAUGACCAGUUCAGAUGAGAGUCUGCAGUUCCUGAGCUUCCGGUUGGACUUUAAUGAGCACUAUAAAGCCCGGGAUCCGCGUCUGCGGCCCUCGCUCGGGGCCACCAGGGGCCGCCGCAGCUCCAACAUCUGACCCUGAACACUUUGGUCUCGGCACUUGAUGUUUUCUGAAUGGACCUUGAUGUUGUGAGACGGUGUCAGUCAACAGGGCUUACGCAGAAUGGAAGUGAAUAAGUGACAAAUAAAAAAGAAAUGCAGCCUUUAACCCUCGAUUCAUUGCCAAAUGUUUCAGAAAACAGUCAUUUUAGAAGUGUGGAACUUUUAGUAGCACAAGGUCACAGCCCUGUUGUCAUCACCUUUGAGUCUCCAUUACCGUUUGAGUUGAUUGUCACUGUCAUAUGAAAACCUUGUAGCUCCAUUUCUGUUUUUUUGGGGUUUUUUUUUCCUUUACACUAGUUGAAAAUGCCACCUUAGGCAUUUGAUAAUGACCAAACCAACAGCACUGGUCUAAAAUUACUUGGAAUAAAAUUGGUGUUACCGUCAUGUCCAUUAAACGUUUUUGGAGACACAAGGUUUUCUUAUAAUAGCGACUAUACUGAACAUUGACACUGAAGUUUUCUAUUGUGUGCAUUUUUUUCAGUUUUUUUUCAUCUAAUACUUAAUAUGCUAAUAUUUAAGAAAUUUCUUCUGUAUUCUUGUAUUGAUACAAAAUGUUCAUUGUUAGUCCCCCUUUCAUACUCAGCAUUCAGAAAACCCAUUUAAAAUCCUGAAGGUGUUUCUGUAUAAAGAGCAGCCAUUUUAACACGGUGCUACAGAUUAAAUUUAACGUUGUGAAAAGAUGACCUUUGUUCAGCUUUACAUAGUCUGUAAUUCUUGGACCUGUAAAUAUGAUCCUACAUCAGUCCUAAGCUGCUUUUUCUACAACACUGAAUGUUUGGCUAACAAUGCUUUAUAUCCACUCACCCUUUUUCACCUACGUGUGUGUUUGGAAUUUUUUGUUUUGUUUUGUUUUGUUUGUUUUUGACAGACUGUGACCUUUGUACUGCAAAAAGACAAAAAAAUCAUUUUCAUUCUUAAAUUGUACAGAUUGGGCCUACACAUCCAUGUGCACCACAUCUUCCUUAGUAAAUCUCUAUUUAUUUUCCUCAAAAAACUGUAAAUUCACCUACCGUCGAGGCUAUAUGAACUUGUGGACUUGAAUUGACUCUGUGGAUAUAAUGAAAGUGUUGGGACCCUGCAGCUGGCCCUGUAUUAAUUCUCCUAUAUUAAAAUACUGUGGUAGUGUUCCAAUCCCA